AUGAAUUGUCAUUUAAUUCGUCAUGUAGGGAAAGAACCAAACUCCACACAUAAAAUUACUGUGAAAUGUUUUGAAGAUUUAAAGAAUUAUUCACGACAUAUUGACAAGCUAAUUGAGAAACAAACGUCAAAAGAAUUAGAGAAUAAUCAAUUGCGGCUCAAAACCUCAAUAGAGUGUGCUCGAUGGCUAGUAUUCCAAGCUUGUGCUUUUAGAGGUCAUGAUGAAAGCCUUGAUUCAAAAAAUAGAGGUAAUUUUAUUGAAUUGAUAAAAUUCACAUCAACUUUCAAUGACAAAGUAGCUAGUGUUGUCUUGGAAAAUGCUCCAGGAAAUGCCAAAUAUACAUCACCCACAAUUCAAAAGGAGAUUUUGCAUAUUCUUGCUAGUAAUGUGCGAAAUGCUAUUCGUGAAGAAAUUGGGGAUGCAAAAUUUUGCAUUCUUGUUGAUGAAGCCCGGGAUGAGUUGAAGAAAGAGCAAAUGGCCAUCAUUUUGAGGUUUGUUGAUAAAGAAGGUUUCAUUAAAGAGUGUUUCUUUCAUGUUGUGCAUGUUAGAGACACUACUGCAUUGACUUUAAAGAAUGAGAUAUGUGCUGUCCUUUCUCGUUACAACCUCCACAUUGAAAAUAUUCGAGGUCAAGGAUAUGAUGGGGCUAGUAACAUGCGUGGUGAAUGGAAUGGAUUACAAGCUCUUUUUCUUAAAGAUUGCCCAUAUGCUUAUUAUGUACAUUGUAUAGCUCAUAGGUUGCAAUUAGCUCUAGUUACAACAUCUAGAGAAGUAAAAGAUGUUCAUCAAUUCUUUGAUCAUUUGGUUAAUAUUAUCAAUAUUGUUGUUGGUUCUAGUAAGCGUAAUGAUGAAUUGCAACAUGCUCAAGCAGAAUAA